CUACACUGCCCAGGAUUAGUUUUUUUCUGGCCCUCACUUCUUGACAUGAUAUGCUUUGCGCCACCAUCGCCUCUCUUCUGGUUGGGCAUUGCUAGCAUGCAUAUUGGCCAGAGAAUGUCCUGAACAUCGCUUCUGUUCCGUACUUCUCGACAUGUCAAGAACAUGACCUUGACAUCGCCAUGGCUGCAGCUGCUGUUCCUUCGGCCACAGGCCUUCUCAACCUAGAGAAAGAGCUCGUUUGCUUCAUCUGCACAGAAAUCCUCUACCAACCUCUAACUCUCCUCGACUGCUUACAUACAUUUUGCGGAUCUUGUCUGAAAGAAUGGUUCUCGCACCAACACCGCAAGGCAUUACACUCUCACUCCACCUCCUCUGGGUCUGCGUAUACUUGUCCGACAUGUCGUGCGGUCGUCAAAGAUGUUCAACACAAUGCCAUGAUCAAUACUUUGUUGGAGAUGUUCCUAGCUGCGAAUCCCGAGAAGGAUCGGUCGCAGGAAGAGAAGGCGGAGAUGGCUCAGGCCUACAGACCAGGCGACGAUAUACUUCCAAAGAUCGAGGGUCAUAGGCGCAGAGAGCGGAGAAGGCGAGAGGAAGAAGAGGUGUCACACCGCGAUCGAAGAGGUCAAGAUGACAGAAGCAGACGAGAAUACCAAUUACACCCUUCCUCGGCUGAAACUAGACGUGCCCCUCGGUCAUCUAGUGGGAGCACCACAAGCCGUGAGCGGCGACCAAGAUCUGACAGCUCGAGGACCCCAGAUCGCACAGACAGACAUCAACGUCAAUCAAGCGUAGAUGCUGUAGCAUCAAGGACCCGGUCGAGGGAUAAUGCCAGUGCUGAACAUGUGUCAAGCUCUUCUCCGGCGCUCGGAUCUCCUCGCCAUCCAGAUGCAGUGGAAGCUCGUCAGCGAGGAGCACGCACUGUGGCUCACCAGGCCAGCUUGAUCUCAAUCGUUAGUGCAUCGGAAAGCGGAACUGGGACUGGUGAGAGUCUCAACGAAGCACAGGUAAUGCAAGAGAUCCUGGCUGAUGGGCUUUUGGAUGGUAUCAACAUCGAUGAGUUGACAGAGGCCGAACAAGAUGAACUUAGUGAGAUGAUAGCCGAAAGAUACCGUCAAUUGCACCCGGAGAGAGUACGUCGAGCACCAUCAAAUGGCGUCACACCUGACGAGCCGGGGUCAACAUUGGUGCGUUCAGAAGAGCAGAGUGAGGAAGUCGAUCGUCGUCCGCGUGCACCAUCGAGCAGUAGUCAACGGCAGCAUCCCCAUCCUAGUCCUCGAACGAGCCGCAGUGUGGUCAUCGGCGCCCCAGCCGUGCGCCCGCCAACAUCGUUCCCUCAGUCCACAGCUGAUCCGGCCUUGCCAGCACUACAAGAUAGAGCCCAUCGACGCAGAGCCUCGAAUGAAAGUGGCAGAAGUGAACAGUCAGCCACAAGGACUGGAAGGAGAUCUGCAACCGAUCUAUCUGAAAGGCCACAGUCCAGCUCCACAGCCUUGGAACGCCCUCGGCAACUAUCUAAUACGAACAGAGCAAACACAGAACCGAAAAGUCAUCCAAGAGCGUCCGAGGUAUGGCAAGCUACUGGCCGACCAGUUGCUAGUCCACCUCAAACUGGGUCCUCCUCGUCACAGUCUCCUAGGGUAGUGAUGUCAAGUGUGAACACAGGACCGGUUCCUACCACAAUCUCAAGGUCCGAGCCAUCUAUUCCAGCAGUGCCGGCGAUAAUAGCGUCGACUGGACAUGCAAAAUCUUCAGUCGCAUGUGCGCGAUGCUCACGACCUAACAUCCAGUAUGAGGUCCAUAAGCAUUGCGCAUCUUGCGACAUUGAUCUAUGUAUGAAGUGUUACAGAGCUGGUCGUGGUUGCAAUCACUGGUUUGGGUUUGGCCAUGCUGCCAUGUUCAGGUUCGAAUCAUCACAUCCUGCAAGAGUUGGACAGGCGAUCGAGUUACCCCAUAUGCUUAUUGGCCGACAGUAUCAGAGGCAGCCUUCCUUGCAGAAUUCUGCACUGGCAGCCAUGGACGCAAACUUACGUCCGCUAGAGGGUAAUUUCUGCGACCGAUGUGGCGCAUUUGCCAAUGAAUGUUUCUGGUCAUGCGAUUACUGCAAUGACGGUGAAUGGGGAUUUUGCAAUGAUUGUGUCAAUACAAACCAUUGCUGUAGGCAUCCUCUCUUGCCAGUUGCCCACAAGUCAACUGUCCCAGAUGUUGCUCCCCGGACUGGUCCUUCAACGCAUUCUGGUGCCCUGACACUGAACCCUUUUAGCGCUGUAGGAGGGGUGCCAUCACCAGCACACAGCGCUCCUUCAAGUGCUACUUCAGCCACUGGGUUUGGUGCUGGGCUUCGCGUUGACUUUGUCCCGUUGGUAAUUACAACGAACUGUGAUAUUUGCUCACGGCCUAUUUCGCCAGAGGACCUUCGUUAUCAUUGUCCGGAACAUGCUACACCGUCGCCAGAGAGGCCUGAUCAGAAAGGUGAUUAUGAUCUUUGCCGAUCCUGUUAUCUCAGCUUUGUCAAGACGGGUCGUAUCAAGCGUGAAGAUGGCCCAGAUGGGUGGCGCCUCUGCCCAGAGGGCCAUCGCAUGAUAGCUGUGGUGUUCGAAAUGGAUGCGGACGGCGGACAACGGAGAGUGAUCACCUGUGAUCUGGUCGGCGGUACUAAAAUGACUGGAGCAGACAUAGUGGCAUGGAAGCUUGCCAGGACUCAUCUGAACGAGACACCCUGUGCGGAACCUACCACCAACAGCACUAGUCGGGGACAAUGGAUCUGGCGUGAGGAUAGCACCAGCACACGACGUAUGGCUCGUCCGAGGACAACAACCUUGCCGUCUUCUACAAAUUUUCCUCCGAAUGGGGGUAUCGGCAAGAUUUGUCGUAGCCUGUGGAGUUAUUAUCCCGAUGAAGGCGAGGAAGGGAAGGGUGAAUUGAUGUUUCCCAAGCAUGCGGAAGUGGGUGAAAUUGAAGAGGUUAAUGAAGAUUGGUGGUUUGGGGUCUAUGCUGGAGAUAUGGGCGUUUUCCCUUCUACGUAUGUACGGGAAAUAUCGACUGGUUGAGUACCUGCAGGUCACAGUUGCAUCAGGAUGCGCACAUUGUCGUGAUUUAUAAUGAUCUAGUUAUGGGAUAUCAGACCACGAAGAAACGACCUCAGAGUCUAUUAUGAUUACGAUGAUGACUGUCUUGUUGAGAGUGGCCGAACUGAAAAGGUUUUUGUCGGAUGUGGAAAUAGGAGGGAUAUUUUGAGAUGACUUUUGCAACACACGAAAAUUCGGCUUCAGACUUGAUAGGAGAGGUAUUGGUUAUAUUGAUUCAAGGUCUAUAUAAGAUUUGGGUUCAUUUUUAUGUCG